GGAUCAAGAGCAACAGAACGCAAAGGGGAGAGCAAAAGAGAGCGCCAAAGACUCGCAGAGGACUAAAGGAUUAUUAGAGAUGUGAGCAAACAGACGAGGGGACAAUCAAGGGACUAGAAAAGACGAGGAAAACAUCAAAUGCUCUGUCAACUCAUCAUCUGCGAGUCAUUGAUCAGAACCUGGGAAAAACCUUGACAACUGCAAGUUACUGAACUACCGAGGGGAACAUAAAUGAAGUGGCAUUGAGCGCUUGGGUCCAGAGUGGCUAUUCAGUGCCGAGCUAAUACAUUCCAGGACACUACCACUUUCCUGACCCCACGUUCGAUUGGAUGGAAUCUGGCUGACUCUGACUGAUGUCCCUGCCUGCCCCCUCCCGCUUCAGCUCCUCGGGGGGCUGAGGCAACCUGCCGAGGAGCAUGGGCCGAAGGGUGGCUGAUCCGACCAAUCCCGUUCCUGCACUGGGGGUUCCCCUGGCAGGAGGACGAUGGGGACCGCUGUGCAGUGUUGGGGUGCAGACAUCUCCUGGAUUGCGGACUCUCUCUUUCAUCAAACGGCACGUCAGCCAAGCGGCCAACCCACAGCGAGCCCUCACCAUAGCAACAAGUGCAAUGGAGACAGCAGGAGUUAUCAGGAGUGACAGCAGCAGUUUGCCUCUGUCCAAGGAGACAUCACAGAACGAAAUCAACAACCAGACACAGGAUGACAUGGGGUCACAAGGGUCGGGCAGUGGCGUUUACUGCCAGAUAAAAAUGAUCCAGGCAAAUCCAACAGACUCAAAAAGAAAAAGGACAUCAAAGUACACCAAUGGCAGCGUGGUGGGUUCUGAAAUGUUGGGAGGUGUCUGUACCGAGGCCCCAGAAGACAAGGAGCAGAGCCAAGAAAAAAGAAGGGUGCAGUCUCUACGUGGGGAGCAACAUUGUUCUGUGGCAAAGACCAGGGGCAUUUGCACGACCGUUCUCGCCACCCCACCUCGGCCCUGUCGGAUGGUGACGACCUCCUCGCCCCAGCUGUGUGGAACAUGUGGGAGGAAACGGUCACAGCUUACCCACUGCACAGGCGCAUGUCGCAGAAGGGCUGCACCUCAAAUAUCAUCCAGCCAGACUUUACCGCACCCCGCAUGGAAGCAGGGUGCAGUGCAGAACCACUCAAAAAAGGAAUCGGUUUUGGACAUGAAAACCCAAGACGCAUCAGUGAAAACCAGUAAAAUCCCACAGUUGUCACACACAAUGCCAAAAACAAACAUUUCAAACUCUAGCAAUGCAGCACAAACUCAGAAAAAAACAAAUACUCAUCAGACAAGGCCACAUUCUGCAGAGUUUACACACUGCAAGGACACAGCCACACAAACAGCUGACACACACGAUGACAGGACUGCACCACAAGCACCACUAACAAAUUGUCCCACUAAAACAGAGGUAACAGAACCACUUUUAUCAGACAAAAACAAGCAUAACAAAAGUCAGCAAACAAAUUUAGACACCACACCUACAGAACCCUCCGGUCAAAUAAGUAUAAAAUGUAGCACCCCUCCAGCUCUCUCUGCAAAAAAGUCCCCCAAAUCUACUGUCCCCAAACCAUCAGGCCUCAUAGAUCCCAACAAAAACAUACAACAGACAAUUAACAGUCCCAAACCAAACCCCUCCAAAGAGACUAAACUGAAGAACUACACAAAGCAGAAGAGCAAAUCUUUAGACGAUCACACUCAGUCUUGCAAGACGCACAAAACAGCGCAAUGUAACGGAGCUCCAGCGGGAAUACUGGCUGGGAGUGCACCUCGCGGCCUGGAGAGCAAGUUACAGAGUGUGGAGGAGAACCUUGUGUCCAAUCAAGAGAAGAUCAAAGUCCUCCUCAAUGUCAUCCUAGACCUGGAGAAAAGCAAGGCCCUCAGCGAAGGCCGAAGCUCAUACAGAACAGGUCAGGACAUUAACAACUGUCCCACCUGCCAAAAGACAGCCUGCAUCAUCUACAGUGUGGAGCAUGAUUUCCGCCAGCAGGAAGGACGCCUUCAGGGGGUGAUGGAGUCCCUGGAGGGAGAGUACGAUGUGCCUGCACCUCUUCUGACCAAAGCCGCAGUGGCCGCUUCCCAGGCCAGCCGGUCCAGCGCCAAGGCUCGUGUCAAGAAACUCCGCAAGAAGUGUUUCUGGUGGCUCUGAUAGUAGCACAGCAGCCUCAGCAGGGAUAUAAGUGUGGUCCGUUCCAGAAUGUUCCACUGCAAGGGAAUUUUACUGCGGUACUGUGGAUUUGGAAACUAACUGGGAAUGGUACAAAGAUAUGAAAGUUCAAAGGAGCUGCUAAAUGUCCAAUGCACUGUAUACCAGACCGAAUCAUUAAUUUUCAUUUUGUGGUCCAAGUGGGGAGCCUGUCUUCUACAUCGUCUGAAGUAAACAGAUGGAACAUUAACGAUCAAGAUUGUUUGCCACUUGGCAAAGUGUUUGUCCCGGAUGAUGCAUCAAAAGGAUUUAUGGCCGAAUGGAUUCAUUCAUGUACGGACAGAAAUGAAUCACAAUGUAGCCAUUUUGGCUUAAUUACAAUGGGAAAAAUUGAGAACCUCAAUACGAAAAAAAAUGGGAAUAGACCAGCCUAAUGCUGGUACACUGUUUCAAAAGUUGAAUGUAGCAAUAAGUGAAGCAUCAGUUAAGACGUGUGGAGGAACUCAAGCAGAAGAACUCAAUAGGGCAAUAACGGGACAGUCUGUUGGGUGAAGAGAGCAAAGUCUUUGAAAUGUCUACUGAGAACACAUUAAGAGAUAACAUUAUGGAGCAACUGAUCACAGACUGACAGCCUGUCUCACAUUAUUAACAUUUGUGUCAACGCUGACCCACGGACUGAUUGAUUCUAUACUGCAUUUCCAUUCAAAGCGGAAGCCGCUUGCUCAGACUUUAUACAAGUGUCGUCACUUAGAGUACAUUCAACAACAAAUGAAUGUGUUGCAAAAUAUGCGUAGACCAGCUAUCUGUUCAUUGUUCGAAAUUGGCUUGUCUGGAUUGUUCACAAAUGUGCCAGGUGGGGGCCAAUCUGAGCCCAAAGUAGCAAAAGAGAGAAGAAAAUUAAUGUCCACCCAAUAUAAACAGUUGGUUACAAACUAAUACACUCUGGAUUGGGCUAUUUUAUUUAUUUAUUUAUUGUGGGACAUGAUUCUAUUCACACAAAGGCCACACCAUUAUGAUUAAUGCUACUGUCAAAGAGGUUGUGUAUUUAGCUAGCUAGGUAUGCCUACGCCCCGAAAAUGCAUCUUUUUUCAGAUAGUCCGGUGGCUUUAGAGCGCCUCAUUAUCAGCCGAAAUGAUAUGCAUGUCACGCAGGAGAGCAUGGACAGGGAAAAAAAGUCUGACUUAACAGCUACAGUUCGUAUAUGGACUAGCUAGCAUGGCUGCUUUAGAGCGCCUUGUUGGCUAUGAGUGAGCACAAAUCACAUCGAGGAGGCAGAAGAGUGAGGUUAAAAAUAAAUGAAUAAAUAGGACAGAACUUUGAGUGGAUAUAUUUUCUCAACUCAAAAAUACCCGUAUAUUUAUGUGCAGGCAUGAGAAAGAUGCUCGACAAAGUAUCAUCCAUUUUGGUCCUUGUUCUGGUAAUUGAUUGACAGCUACUAUUUGAGCAGGGCGCAGUUUCAUUGCAAUCAACAGAAAAACCCACAGUGUUUGAAAGCUGAGAGAAUCUCUUGAUUUUUCACUAUUGUGAAGCCUCGUUUUAUAGACGUUGCAAUUUUUUUGUAAUUUAAAUUCUACGGGGUUGUUAACAACAGUCUUCUCUGUAGUGUGUCAAAUUGUAAAGAACAUAUUUUUUUCACUUCA